GUGUUGUGCGGCGCACAGGCCGGCGCAACCUCGUUGUGGCGCGGGGCUGGCGGGGGAAGCGCGGCGCCGCCAUAUUGUCGGCAGUCGGUGUUUUCCGCGCCGAAUCGGGCGGUUCGGAGUUAAAGGGGGGGAAAAAGGCAGCAAGCCAGCCGCGCUCGAAGAAAGAAAGAGAGGGAGGGGAGUUUUAAAAAAAAGAACGAGAGGGCUCGAACUCCAUAGGCACACGCACACGAAAAACAAAAAAAAACUCUUCCCCCCUCCUCCCCUCCCUCAAGCAAUUCCUCCCAAAAAGAGAAAGAAAGAAGGAAAAAAUAAAUCGGCGCUGGCAGUGGAAAAAGUGUGAUCUAAGAGAGGCCCCUCCCACUCCAUUGCUUGUCAACACCAAAAGUAAUUGCUUGCCCCCAGCUGUUAAACCGCUCAACAUCUGCUUCUGAUCUGCCUCCGGUCUCCUCCAAUAAGACAUGGCAGGACCUGUGCCAAGCAGGGCCAGAGUUUAUACUGAAGUGAAUACACACAAACCAAGAGAAUACUGGGAUUAUGAAUCUCACGUGGUGGAAUGGGGAAAUCAAGAUGACUACCAGUUAGUUCGUAAAUUAGGUCGAGGGAAAUACAGUGAAGUGUUUGAAGCUAUUAACAUCACAAACAAUGAAAAAGUAGUUGUUAAAAUACUUAAGCCUGUAAAGAAGAAGAAAAUAAAGCGUGAAAUUAAAAUAUUGGAGAAUCUGCGUGGCGGUCCAAAUAUUAUCACUCUCAUAGAUAUCGUCAAAGAUCCAGUGUCACGGACACCUGCUUUGGUUUUUGAACAUGUAAACAACACAGAUUUCAAGCAGCUGUACCAGACCUUAACAGAUUAUGAUAUAAGGUUCUACAUGUAUGAGAUUUUGAAGGCCCUGGAUUAUUGCCAUAGUAUGGGAAUCAUGCACAGAGAUGUUAAACCACACAAUGUUAUGAUCGACCAUGAGCACAGAAAGUUGCGGCUGAUAGAUUGGGGGCUGGCAGAAUUCUACCAUCCUGGCCAGGAGUACAAUGUUCGAGUGGCUUCCAGGUACUUCAAGGGACCCGAACUACUUGUAGAUUAUCAGAUGUACGAUUACAGUCUAGACAUGUGGAGUUUAGGUUGCAUGCUUGCCAGCAUGAUAUUCAGAAAAGAGCCAUUUUUCCACGGGCAUGAUAAUUAUGAUCAGUUGGUCAGAAUAGCCAAAGUGCUAGGCACGGAAGACCUAUAUGACUACAUUGACAAGUACAACAUUGAGCUGGAUCCUCGGUUUAAUGAUAUCCUGGGAAGACACUCCCGUAAAAGAUGGGAACGCUUUGUCCACAGUGAAAAUCAGCAUCUUGUCAGUUCAGAAGCACUGGAUUUCUUGGAUAAGCUGCUACGAUACGAUCACCAAACGCGUCUAACAGCACGAGAAGCUAUGGAGCAUCCUUAUUUUUACCCAAUAGUGAAAGACCAAUCCCGAAUGGGCUCCUGUGCUAACAUGCCAACUGGUAGCACUCCAAUCAGCUCAGCCAGUAUGAUGUCAGGGAUAUCUGCAAUGCCAACCUCCUCACCACUGGGACCCCUUGCUGGCUCGCCAGUCAUCUCUGCUACCAACACCCUGGGGACGCCGGUUCCUGCCACUGCUGGAGCCCAGCCUUGAUGUCACCCUCCUGACUACUUGUAACCCUGGCAACAGCCUGGUCACCCCUUUCCACCCCCUCCCUUCCACCUCACUCCUUGGAAGCACAGGGAACCAGCUGGGCUUGUCACGUCUGAGCAGUUGCUUAUGGAUUCUCUUCAGUUCAAUCAUUUUGAAAAGGAAAAAAAUGGCAGAUUUUUACUUGAGAAUUUUUUUUUUUGUGUUUUGUAUGUUACAAACUUAGAGACAGUAUACCUCUUUUAGUCCUACUAGGGCAUAUGUAAUGCCUCUGUCAGAAAUUGUUGCCUACACAAAAGCACUUGUUCAGUGUUACCACAUUUCCCCCCCUAAGGUUUUUGAGCGGACGACGUUACUUCUCUGAGCAUUGUCUGCUGCCGUAAACUUAGCAACUUGGAAAUAAUUUAUUUUGAAAUAAUCAUCUUUUCAUUCAAGUCUUUUUUUUUUUACCAACAAUGGGAAUAAAUGCGAUUUGCAACUUUGCCAUCUAAAAUCCAAGUGGCCUGUAUUGGCUAUGCUAAGAGAGAUUGUCUCUGACCUCCAACCUAUUGGAAUUGGAAAUAUUAAAUACUGGAAGCACAACAUUAAAUGUGUACUGUGCUUUUCAAAGUACUCUGGCAAAACUGCUGUUAUUUAAGAGUAUCUUGAAAGCUAAUUUGUUCCUUCACGUUUUAAUGUUUUUUGCUUGAAAAAAGCAAGCAAGCUUUCCUCUUUUUUGUCCCAAGUACAGCAUACCAUAAAGUUACUUUGGUUAAUGCAACGGUUUUCAGAGUUUGAACCAUGGUGAAUUUAUUUUGAAACUCUUGGACUGAAAGUUUUUAACAGCUCUGAGUAUAUUUCCACACACACGGCAGCACCAGUACCAUUAAUGCCACGUAGACAACCACUUUAUAUGCUCAUUUUCCAUUGUUUCAACUGUUUUGUUCUGGUUGCCUUUUAUUUAAAGCAGUUAAAGGGAAGUGGGGAUGUUGAAUCCUAAAACGAGAGAUUCAGCUUUUUUCGGGAGGGUGGGGAAGGAAAAUUUGUGGGUGUUUUUUUUUGUUUUAAAGAAAAAAUGUUUAGAAGCAAGGCUGCUGCUGGUGAUUAGUGAGAUGGCAGUUGAGUAAAUACUGUGUUUGACUACAUUUUAUUAAACAGGCCCUGGUUACAUAUU